CAAGAAAAAGAGGAAAAGAAAACAGAAUUGACCAAGAAAAAGAAGGAAAACAAAGCAGUGAAAGAAAAUAGAAAGGUGCCUGAAUCCAGUGAACAACCAGAACAUUUCGUUCUUGAAGGCUCACGAAAAGAACAUGCAGUUGAAAAACAUCCACGAAUCAAUAAGCAAAAGGCAGCCAAGAGAAAAUUGGCUUCAGAUGAAGAUUAUUUCAGCCCUUAUACAAAGAAAGUCAUGCCUGCAAAAAAAAUGAGGGAAGCCUGCUUAGGUGUUACGUGCAAGAAUAGAGCACUAGAGUGUGAUACAAUCACAGAGUCACUGAGGAAAGACAUUUUCCAAGAAUUCUAUUCACUUGCAAGCCUCCAACUCCAACGUGAGUUCAUUCUGCGCCAUGUAGUGAACAGUGACAAGAAAAAGGAAAGCUCACACCAAAGUCGGCGCCAGAAGACCAAUGUAUAUUACCUGACUGCUCAAGGAAGCCUUGUUAAAGUUUGCAAAAAACUCUUUUUGAACACUUUAGCCAUGUCAGACAGAACAGUGAGAACAGCCUUCAAGAAAUUGACACCCAGUGGAACAAUAGAGAAAGAAAGAAGAGGUGGUCGGCAGUCAGCUAAAAUUGUUGAAAGAGACACAAAAAUUCGAAAUGACAUUGAAGAGCACCUGCGGCGGUUCCCAAGGAUGGAGUCGCAUUAUUGCCGUGCAAGCACUGCAAAGGAGUAUCUGCCCCCAGACCUGAACCUUAGAAAAAUGUACUCCAGGUUUCUAGAGCAGUACCAUGGGACUGACCCCCUCCAAGUUUCAGUACGUACAGUCGAGUGUUCAAAAAAGCAAAUAUGGCGUUCCACACCCCCAUAAAGGACCAAUGCUCACUGUGCACAACGUUCUUUGAAGGGGAUGAAACAACAAAGGCUGAACUCAAGGACGCAUUCGAGAAACAUGUCUCUGAAAAGAAAAGAGUAAGAGAAAUAAAGGAGGAAUGCAAGCAAAGAGCAUCAACGGAUGAAACAGUUCUGAGUGCUACAUUCGAUCUGCAGCAAGUAAUCUAUCUUCCCAUCUCGAAUGAAAGUGCUUUGUUUUACAAGCGGCGCUUCUCCAACUAUAACCUGACUUUUUAUAACCUCGGAAAUGCUGACUGCCACUGCUUCCUGUGGAAUGAAAGCCAAAGCAAGCGUGGAAGCUCAGAAAUAUCCACAGCUGUGUUCGAAGCGCUUCAGCACUAUGACAGUUGUGGAAAAAAGAUAGCAUACCUCUUUUCGGAUGGCUGCCAGGGGCAGAACAAAAACACUAUCAUUCCAACAAUGUUGCUAUACUCUGUGAACACACUUCCAAAUCUCAGAGAGAUCUCUCAGCGGUUCUUUGUGACAAACUACGGCCAAAUGAGGGGGACUCUGUUCAUUGCACUAUCUUCUCUGCGAUGUCUGCAGCUGGGAACGUCUAUGUACCAACAGAGCUGACGCCCAUAUUCAGACUUGCCAGAGUAAAGCAGCCUUACACCACGAUACCACUUGAGUUCUCUGACUUUUGGAAUUUCAAGCAAUUGUCACUCGACCUGUGUGUUCUGGGAGUUCAAAGAGAUUCAGAGAGUGACACUAUCAACUGGAACAAAAUGAUGUAGUUCAGAGUUCUGAAGGAGUGCCCAACAACAAUAUUCUUCAAAACCAGCCAUAAUGAGUCAGCGUACAGAACAAUCCAAUUGAAGAGACACACAAAGCAAACCACAGAGAGUUUCACUCUCUUGAAACUCAACACAGAACCAACCAAAGUUCCAAUGGCUAAGUACAAUGACUUAGUGUCGCUGUGCUCUGGCGUAACGCCAGUGGUAAGACAAGCUGAUCACAAGGCUCUCUAUUUUUCACUUCCCCAUUAAAUUUGACUGAG